CAGAACUCAGUGUUAGAGACACUGUUGGCUGCAGCAACAUUAUAUUCAAAGCUAUAUUUGUAAAAAGUCUAUUUAUCCUUUCAGCAACUUAGUGGAAUUGCUGCUUCCAAGGCAAAUGGGUCUUAUUUAUCAGAAUGCAGAGAAGAAAGUCUGAGCUCUUGUCUUGAUCCAAAGGUCCAAGCAGAGUGUUAUAAAUUCUCAACUAGCUCUGUCAAAAACUGAAUGAUUGUCUUCUCAGGUCAGCUACAGUGGACACAACAGCUCUAUGAAUUAAGCGGGUCACUUAAGUGCAUGAAGAGGUCAAGACUCCAUAGAGUUGUGCAUUGGCCGCUUUUCUGAUCGUCCUGUAACAACAAGGUAAAAUACUGCUCAGGAAAGACCAGUUUACAGUCUUAUUGGAAAAAGUUUCAGUUGAUACAAUGACAGAUAUAGUAAACUAUCUGCCAUAUUUCUAUGGCAACAUCACUCGUGAAGAAGCUGAGGAGUAUCUAAAAUCAGGUGGCAUGACAGAUGGGCUCUACCUGAUGCGACAGAGCCGUAAUUUCCUUGGAGCUUAUGCACUGUCUGUGGCAUAUGGGAGGAAGGGUUAUCAUUACACAAUUGAGAGAGAGCUGAGUGGCAGCUAUGCUAUCGCAGGAGGAAGGUCGCAUAAUAGUCCAGCAAGUGUGAUUGAUUAUCACAUGGAAGAAGCUGAUGGCCUUAUUUGUUUACUUAAGAAGCCUUGUAAUCGCCCCAAAGGAAUGGAGCCAAAAGUUGGGCCAUUUGAAGACCUAAAGGAACAGCUUAUCAGAGAAUAUGUAAAACAAACAUGGAACCUACAGGGCGAUGCCUUGGAAAUGGCUAUUAUUAGUCAAAAGCCACAACUGGAGAAGUUAAUUGCUACCACAGCCCACGAGACGAUGCCUUGGUUUCAUGGCAUGAUAUCACGAGAUGAUGCAGAGAGGCGUCUCUUCAAAAGUCCUAUAACAAAUGGAAAAUUUUUAAUUCGAGAACGUGACAAUAAUGGCUCCUUUGCCAUUUCUAUGGUAAGUGAAGGAAAGACGUACCACUAUCGAAUUGACAAAGAUAAAACUGGCAAGCUCUCCAUUCCUGAUGGAAAGAAGUUUGACACGCUCUGGCAGUUAGUUGAACAUUACACCUACAAACCUGAUGGUCUCCUAAGGGUACUUACAGAUGUCUGUAUUUCACCAACGACAUCUCAAGGUCGCCCUCCUCCUCUGCCUGACCAACAUCCAGCGAGUGGAUCAGCAGGUGGAUUUUUCUCAAGAGUGAAAUCGUACUCCUUUCCAAAGGCUGGCAAAAAGUUUUUGCCACAAUGCAAAGAGCAAAAACAAGAUGCUGGCAUGAGGAAGUCGAGUUACAGACUUCAGCCUCCUGCUGCUGGCUUGACGACUGAACAUAGCCUCAGUGCAACCUCCCUUAACCCAUAUGUGACACGACCUAAAAGAACACCAGGAGGUGCAACAGCUGGUACAACUGAUGCUAUGCCUAUGGACACUUCUGUUUAUGAAAGCCCAUAUGCUGAUCCUGAGGAGAUUAGGCCAAAGACAGCCAAUCUGAGGAGGGAUAUGCUUUUCCUAGAAGAUGGUGAACUUGGAGAGGGUAACUUUGGUACUGUAAGGAAAGGAUAUUACAAUAUGAAAAAACAGCAAAAGCCUGUGGCUGUUAAAAUUCUGAAAAACGAUAACAAUGACCCAUCUCUUAAGGAGGAGCUCCUUAAGGAAGCCAAUGUGAUGCAACAGCUUGACAACCCAUACAUUGUCCGAAUCAUCGGAAUCUGCGAAGCUGAAAACUGGAUGCUGGUUAUGGAAUUAGCAGAGCUGGGGCCACUUAAUAAAUAUUUGCAAAAGAACAGAGAAGUCACAGUAAAAAACAUAGUGGAACUUGUUCAUCAGAUUUCCAUGGGAAUGAAAUACUUGGAAGACAACAACUUUGUUCACAGAGAUUUGGCUGCAAGAAAUGUGCUCUUAGUCACUCAACACUAUGCAAAAAUUAGUGACUUUGGACUUUCUAAGGCUUUGAAUUCAGAAGAAAAUUACUACAAGGCGAAAAGUCAUGGGAAGUGGCCGAUCAAGUGGUACGCACCAGAAUGCAUUAAUUAUUUCACAUUUUCUAACAAAAGUGAUGUCUGGAGCUUUGGUGUGCUUAUGUGGGAAGCAUUUUCCUAUGGACAGAAACCCUACAAAGGUAUGAAAGGAGCUGAGGUUUUACAAAUGAUUCAACAAGGAGAUAGAAUGAGUAGCCCUCCCAAAUGCCCGAUAGAAAUGUAUGAUCUGAUGAAAUUAUGCUGGACAUACAAGCCUGAUGAGCGACCUCCAUUUGCAACAGUAGAAAUGAGACUACGGAACUACUACUAUGACAUUUCUCAUUAAGUGCCAUGUAACAUCAUUUUGUCCAUCAUUCAUUCCACCUCAUAAUCUGAAAAGGAAAUGACAUUCCAGUGGCUGCAUGAAGGAAAAAUCUCCAUUAGCAGCAAGAACAAGAAACUUUUAUUUAUUGUUGCUGUUUCACCUUUAACACCACUGGGUAUUCUGAAUGCUGAAAACAGAAACAAUCUUAGAGAAACCUCCUGCUCCUGUGCCAGUGACAUGAAAUGCGAUAAAAAUAAUGUGAUAUCUGCAUACCCCUUUAUCACACACCAUUUACAAUGGAACUCGUGUUUAUCUGCUGCAACUAUCUGUUCUCAUUUACAGCAUAAACUCAGGGAGAAAAUACUGGGAAAUCAGUCCUUUUUCUUAAAUUAUUAAAUAUUCUUGUCGCAAAAAGACAAAAAAUAUUCUAAUGAAUCGAUAUUUAUUUGCCAUCUUUUUUUAUUUUAGUGCUCUUUGUGAAUAGUAUAGCUUUGGAAGGCUGUAGCUCUUUAUUUUAUAUUGUGCAUUGUAGUAGGAAAAGAGAAAUACCAUUUUAGUUUCCAUUUGCAAAAUUAUGGAACGAUCUAUCAUUUGUAAGCAAUAUACAAUUAAAAUUCAAAAUAGAACUUUACAACUAUGUGGAAGAUAAUAAAUACUAUGAUUUUAAUUACAGUUUAUAAUGACAUUUGUAAACCAGACUAUUAAGUAUGUAAACAUGCAAACAUUUUGCUGUAAUACAGAAACAAAUGUUUUCAAAUAUAAUUUCAAAUCCACAGUGCAGUUCAGUCCAUGAAAAUAUUGAGUCUCCUUCUAAUUUUAGCAUAUGUGCUGUUGAGGUAAGCACCUUAGUGUAUGCUACAUACAGUAAAAGCCAUGUACAGCACAAUCAUGUCAGUAGUACAGGUUAUGUACAGGUCAGCAUAGGUUAACUUGGAAAUAGUAUGACUAGUAGUACAGGUUAUGUACAGGUCAGCAUAGGUUAACUUGGAAAUAGUAUGACUGAUGUAACACAUAAAAUGUCAUGAAGGGCAGAAAUCACCGCCUCAUUACCUAGGGUUCAGUUGAUAAACUCUAUGCACCAUUUUCUAGGGUAACCAUUUGAAAUGUCGGGACCCGCUAGGCCAAGUCCCAAAACAUGGAGACUGAAUGGCUGAAAGAACAGACUUAUACGUACCAAGUUCAAGAUUCCAUUUAUUGGAACAUUCCCUUUUUUCCAAGGUAUGGUGAUCUCAGAGUUGGUAUGUAUAAGUUCAGGGAGGGUGGGGGCUUGCACUUCCAAAAAGAAGGUUAAAGGAGAAGGGCAAUUUUUGAGAUUCACUCUUCUCCUGUGUUUUUGGUCUUCUUUUUAUUCACAUUGUUAGCACUUGGUAUUUCAAGUGCUGACAUUUCAAUAGAGAGCCUUUUGUAAGGCCUUGUCCACCAUAGAAUGGCAUGAAAUGCCCUUUCUGCUUCCUGAAAUAUAACACACAACAGAGUACAAUUAUGCAAUUAGUCUUCUUUGAUUCUGCUCUUGUGUGUUACAAUAAUCUGUAAAUGCUCGCCUAUAUCAAUUAUCCAUCCCUAUACUUCUAUGCCAUUCAGCAAGCCAGCGCCAUUGCAACACUAGUUGGCUCCAGUGGCAUAACCUUUAGGACAACAAUCACAGUCUACACAAUAAUGUAGCACUUGCCAUUGCAUCCAGACACCCACCCCAGUAUGUUGGUCAGCAGCACACAGGAAGCAAAAACAAGUCCUCCAUUUCUUCAUUGCAUGGAAGAAGAAUUCCUACCAGCAACAGAGUCUCUACAAUGCAGGUAAACCUGCUACCACACACUACUUUGUCCCACCUCCACACAGUGUUGACAGCAGCAUUUCACCAGUGAGAGCUCACAGAGCACCGGAUGCUGUCAUUACAACUUGCCCACAGUUAUAACAACUAAGUCAGUAAGAAUGACAGUCCAUGGCACAUUGAAGUUAGGCAAGUUUGGCAGAUACAAUAUGCUUUACUAAUUAGCUGCAUAAAUCUACUUGGGGAGGCAUAAUUUCCGAUGCCCUUCUGCCUUACUUCUGUAUGUUUUGUAGUGCUGCCACACUAAAGGAUACUGGUGACAGCUCAAGCAUAGGAACAUCUGUAAUGCUAAAGUGUGCUAGCUGUGCCCCUCAAGAACAUGGGACAGACAGUGUGCACUCCUUGGGUUUACUGCAUAUAGGGUGAAAAUGCUUCCACCUAUCUAUACCCUGGGUUCAUGAAUCAUGGGUCCCAUGUGGAUUUUCCUAAAGUUUUUUUUUUUGUUUGUUUGUUUUUUGUGGUAUCCAGGGAAAGAUAAAAAUGAGUUACCAUUCAUCAAAAUGUACAACUAUUUAUGAAUUAAAUUCAUGUUGGCUAUAGUUUGCUGACUUCAUAUCCAUAUUUAAUUUUACAGAACUACUGCUACUGUAGUAAGUUUCAUGCCUCAGUAAUUAUAAGAUACACUUAAUGAGAACAAUUAUUUUUGAGGAUUCUGAUGGCAGUUUCCCAUAAAUUAUGCUCAAAAGAAGACGUAGGACUUUAGCUUGCCAAUUCAUUAAUGCAUAGGUUCCAAAACUGGGAUUAGAGUGCAAUUUCAAAUAUUUUUAACAGAAACUAAUAUGUUUAACAUGAACACAAAGUGACAUUUCUUUAAAUGCUUAUGAAUGGAAAUACAAUUUGCAUUGUCUAAUUCUAUUAGUGAAAGCAUAAGUUUUUAAGUGCCAGACAUAUCUGUUUAGGAAACUGCAACAACUUUGUAUGUUAUAUUGUUUUUCCACAAAUUGUGUACAGCACAUUCAUUUUAGCAUGUUGCUGUAGUAAACUGUCUCUCUUUGUUUCCAGUAUUGUGAAUUGGGUUAACAUGUUUGCAUUAAUAUUCUAGAGCCACUAAUACUCUCAUAAUUUGCCUAAUUUCUAAUGAUUUUGUAAACAGUGUGUGUAUGUAUUGUUUUUUCUUCAAAAAGCAACCUUUUCUAACAGAGUUCCCUUGUGGUAUUUAAUAUGCAUCAUCUCAACACCUAUAGUAUUUAAAAUAUACACACAAAUUUUGUUUUUAGUGUUCAGUGGUGGAAACAAUAAAGCAAAAUUUAGAUUAA